ACAGUUGUUGACAGGCGCGGAAUUUGUAAAAUCCAUAACAUCAAAUUUAGCUGCCGUUUAAUCAACCCCUUUCAGUUGUCAAAAAAAUAGUUUUAAAAACAACUUAUUUAUUGGCAGAUUGGAUCCACGUUACAUCGUACAUUGCGGUUAGGUGAUUAGGAAAAGUGUUAAAAGUUAAGUUUCGGCAACUUCAGGUUUGAAGUUUGACAUGACUUAGCUAGCUACUCCCAUCAAGCUAACUGACAUGUGAGAUCUGGACAGUUUUAUGAAUAAAUAACAGUUUGUAACAACAAUUCUGGAGAUAGAUUUGACUAAUGUUAGCUUGGUGUUAGUUGACCACGACGUGUUUAAUUAACGUUAUGACAUGUGUAGCUCCAAUGCGUCCUGGCUAAGCUAAGCUAGGCUAGGCUAAGCUAUGCUGAUACACCAUCUGACUAGGGCUCUGUUCACAUCCGGACGACCGUUAACGUUACGGUUCCAGAUCCACAGAGGGUUUCGCGUUACCGGGUAUAAGAGGACAGACUCCCCGGGAGACAUGAUCCGGCGGACUCCGAUCAAACGGGUUCUCUGUGUGGCGGAGAAGAAUGACGCGGCCAAGUGCAUCGCGGACAUCAUGUCCAACGGCAGAAUGAGGAGGAGUGAGGGUCUGUCUGUCUAUAAUAAACUCUAUGAGUUUGAAUACAACCUGUUUGGACAGAAUGUGACGGUGUGUAUGACGUCAGUGUCCGGACAUUUGCUGGCGUUGGAGUUUAAGGCUCAGUUCCAGAAAUGGCACAGCUGUAAUCCUGUCCUGCUGUUUGAUGCCGAGGUGGAGAAGUAUUGUCCUGAGAACUUUGUUCAGAUCAAGCGGACCCUAGAGAGAGAGGUGAGUCAGUGCCAGGUGCUCGUCGUCUGGACAGAUUGUGACAGAGAGGGAGAGAACAUCGGCUUUGAGGUGAUAGACGUCUGUAAAGCAGUGAAGCCCAGUGUGCAGGUAUUCCGCGCCCGGUUCUCUGAGAUCACUCCCUCCUCUAUCAGGAGAGCCUGCGACACGUUAACGGAACCGGACGGUAACGUCAGCGAUGCUGUGGACCUACGGCAGGAACUGGACCUCAGGAUAGGUGCAUCGUUUACCAGGUUCCAGACACUCCGCCUCCAGAAAAUCUUCCCCGCCUCGUUAGCCAAUCAGCUGAUCUCGUACGGCAGCUGCCAGUUCCCUACGCUGGGAUUCGUUGUGGAACGAUUCAAAUCCAUCCAGGCAUUUAUACCAGAGAUGUUCUACAAGAUAAGAGUCCUCCAUGAGGUAGAGGAAGACUCAGUAGAGUUCAGCUGGAAGAGGAACAGACUAUUCAACCACACAGCCUGUCUAGUGGUCUACCAGAUCUGUAUGGAGGAUCCCAUAGCAACCGUCACCUCGGUAACCAGUAAACCCAAAAGCAAGUGGAGGCCGCUGCCCCUGGACACAGUGGAAAUGGAGAAGCUGGUUUCCAGGAAGUUGAGAAUCGGCGCCAAAGAGACCAUGAAGAUCGCUGAGAAACUAUACACACAGGGGUUAAUCAGUUAUCCGCGGACAGAGACCAACAUGUUUCCUAAGGACCUGGCCCUGGCCCCUGGUGGAGCAUCAGACACACAGCCCGCCUGGGGGCCCUUCGCUAGAGGGGUGAUGGAGCAGCCAGGGGGUCCCAACCCACGACAGGGCACCAAGACAGAUCAGGCUCAUCCCCCUAUACACCCCAUCAAGUACACCAACACACUACAGGGCAACGAGCAGCGUGUGUAUGAGUUCAUCGUGCGUCACUUCCUGGCGUGCGUAUCCCUUGAUGCUGUGGGGCAGGAAACGGUGGUUGAGGUGGAAAUCGCUCACGAGAGGUUCUCCGCUAACGGCCUCAUGAUCAUCAGGAGGAACUACCUGGACGUGUACCCCUACGACCGCUGGAGCACUAAGGUGAUCCCAGUGUAUGAACAGGGAAGCCAGUUUCAGCCAUCAGCCAUAGAGAUGUUGGAUGGACAGACCUCUCCUCCUCAACUCCUCACAGAGGCAGACCUCAUAUCACUGAUGGAGAAACACGGAAUCGGUACGGAUGCUACCCACGCAGAUCACAUUGAGACCAUAAAGAGCCGUAUGUACGUCGGACUAACAGCUGAUCAGAGGUUUCUACCAGGAGAACUGGGGAUGGGACUGGUGGAGGGUUAUAACUCCAUGGGCUAUGAGAUGUCGAAGCCCGACCUGCGGGCGGAGCUGGAGGCGGACCUGAAGCUGGUAUCGGAGGGGAGGAAGGACAAACAGAGCGUGUUGAGACGCCACAUUCACAAAUACAAGACGGUCUUCAUAGAGUCGGUCAAGAAAGCCAAGAGGUUGGACGAGGCUCUGUCUAACUAUCUGGGCGCCCAGGAGUUCAGCGAAUCAGAGCAGCAGGAUAUGGAGAUGCCCCUCCCAGUCAGGAAGUGUCCUCAGUGUGGGCGGGACAUGGUGCUGCGGAGGAGGAAGGAGGGGAACGGGAAGUACCUGUCCUGCGUUGGUUACCCAGAAUGCAAGUGUUCCGUGUGGUUUCCUGACACGGUGUUAGAGGUCAACAGAGACGAGUCUGUCUGUCCCACCUGUCAGCCACGCCCCGUUCACAUGUAGGUACCUGUCUGUCUGUCUGUCUGUCUGUCUGUCUGUC